CUCAUACUGUUCUCACUUGCGAACUGUACAUUCGCGCGCACUUUGUCACUCAUGUUGUGUUUAUAGUGCUUCCAGACGUGAGGCUAAGUUUCGACCAAUAGGACGACGCAAACUCGAUCAAGCUAAGGCCUUCGCUUGAGAAAAAGGGCAGGCAGGAGUGAAUGGGCUUCCAUUGCUAAGCAUCACCUCAACUUCAACUCACGUCUGAACUUCAUCCGACGUCUCACUUACGGUCGCCCCCCAUAAUUCGUCUUCCGUGUACCAAACGACCUCACAUCACGACCUUCAGCCAGACUACCCGUGAAACACCUCAACUUUACAGGGUUCUACAGUUUCUCUUCUCCGUGCGCCACCUUUAGUCUAAAUGGCUUCUGCACCCACUCAGCCACGCCCGUACAAUCAAGCAGCUUACGGGCUACCAAAUGGCGGCCUUCAAAGCUCUGCGGUGCCCGGCGCAACUCCUCUACUGCCAAACCAAGGCCGUGUGAUACAGCAAGGCAGCAAAAGGGUACUCUGCAUCGCAGAUGUUCGAGGUAACUUGCGAUCAUUGAAUGACCUAGCGAACGAGGCACGCGCCGACUAUAUUAUUCACACCGGCGACUUUGGAUUCUAUGAUGACCGUUCGUUAGAACGUAUUGCCGAAAAGACAUUGAAACAUGUCGCCCAAUACUCUCCAUUAUUGGCCGAGACCACCAAACGUGCUAUCGCGCAAGCUCCAUCGACGCCCUCGAUAAAAGAGCGCUUCGGAAGAGAUCAGCUACCUCUGUCGGAGCUACCCCAAUUUCUGAACAAGACCUACAAACUCAACGUACCAGUAUACACUGUAUGGGGUGCGUGUGAGGAUGUUCAGGUACUAGAAAAGCUCAGGAGUGGCGAAUACAAAAUCGAUAAUCUGCACAUCAUUGAUGAGGCACACUCAAGGCUCCUAGACAUUGGCGGCGUAAAACUUCGUCUCCUAGGUCUUGGAGGAGCUGUCGUGAUGCACAAGCUCUUCGACAAUGGAGAAGGUAGAACAACCAUCGCUGGAGGACAGGGCACCAUGUGGACCACACUUCUGCAGAUGGGUGAGCUAGUUGACACGGCCAACCGCGUCUAUGAUCCCACAGAGACCCGUGUCUUUGUCACUCAUGCUUCUCCGGCAAGGGAAGGUCUACUCAACCAACUCUCGGUCACCCUGAAAGCUGACUUUUCUGUGUCUGCUGGUCUUCAUUUCCGCUAUGGUAGCUCAUACAACGAAUUCAGCGUCAAUCCCACCCUCGAUCAUUAUAGGGGGAAACUCGCAGCCUCGAAGGCUUCGUUCAGCGAUGUUUGGGACACGGUAAAGGCCGAGGUGGAACCAGCCGUUGCCGAAAGCGAAGCUCAGCAGAGGCUUCUAAACUACGCCAUCGACAUCAUCCAUAAGAUGCCUAGUAUUGCAAAUGGCGGCAACCCAUUCGGUGGCCCAGCACCAGGGCCCGCAGCCGGACAAGUGGACGAAAGUGCAUUCAAAAACAUGUGGAACUUCAACCUUGCGGAUGCUGCAUACGGUUGGCUCGUACUAGACAUCGAUAAUGGCCGUAUUGGAACCGAGAUGCGUGCCCAAGGCUUCAAUUUUUCGCACCGUGGUGGGAAGCAUCCCUCGAACGUUUCAGGCCAAAAUGCACCUGCUGCACCUGCUACAAACACUGGAGUUCCAACUGGCGGAAAUCUCCCCACACCAAACCAGCAACCUGCGCAACCCCAGGCGAGAGUCGCAGUAGCUCCUGUUGCAACGCCUCAACAGGCUCCUCGCGCAGCCGCCCAACAGCAACAAGCAAAACCGCCUCAGACCACAGCUUCUCCUGCACCGAAAGAGACAGCAAAGCCUGCAACACCACAGCCAGCACACACUACCACGACACCAUCGAAUGCUGGAGCUGAGAAGGCUAUUCCAAGCGAAGUCAAGCCCAAUGGUACUGCAGGUGCGGACAAGGGAAGCGCAUCUCCUGCACCAAAGGUCGAUACUACACCAAAGAAGAUAUCUAAAGCUUUGUUCAUCCGAAACGUCGAGAAUCAAGACGAAGUCCGCAAUCUCCUUGCAGAUGAAGAUAAAGAUAAGCUUGAAAAGAUCGAGAAGGUAGGUGUGAACUUCGCAGCACACUUCAACACUCAUGAUGAAAUGAAUGCUGCAUUCAAUCGAGUAUCGCAGGAAUACAAGAAUCAUAACAAUUUCAAACAAGGUAAGGCAAUUGUCGCUAUUUUCAAGGAUCGCUCCGAGUUCAACAACAACAAUCCACGCUUCGGAGGUGCGGGCAACUGGCAAGGGAGUACCCGCGGUGGCACCCAAGGAGGUGGUUACCGUAGUGGUGGCGAACGUGCAUCAGAUAGCGAAUCCGGCCGUGGUCGUGGAAGUUUCCGUGGCCGUGGUCGCGGUGAAGGUCGUGGUGGACGAGGCCGUGGACGAGGAGGAUAUGGGGGUCAAGGAGAUCAUCCUGCACCUCCGGCACCUGCUGCCGCCGGUGAUGCUUAAGGCACGUCGUACCAUUCAUCCCAAGAUACCACUGUCCGACCCUCUUUCCGACGCGUUUCUUCAUUCCACUGGUCCUUCUCAAACCUCGAUUUCCAUCACAGCUCACAACGGUGCCACUAAAUUGCGACAAAAUUAUCGCCGGAUUGCAAGGACUCUUUUUCUGCGUCCAUGUAUGAUCUGGCCGACAAAUUAGGUCGAUACAACUUAUGACUUUGACAGCUUCUGCAGGAGCCAGAAGAAUGAUUCGGGCAUCUACAUACGCGUUAAGCGGCCAAGGUUCUUCUGUAUUAAUCAUGCUGGUGCAGCGUUACGGAGACUAAGGGCUUACCGUCAUCUCUGUAUAAUGCUCUCAGGUUUUAUCAUGUAAUUUAGCGAAGAUCGAAAACGGGUCAGGAGAUAGAGUUGAAGACCCAUUCCUACAUAGCUCAAGUACUUACUUUCGUGGCCGAGGAUGAUCUAAAGUGUUUGCCUCGCAGUAGACAGACAGAAACAGCGACAU